GCGCCUUAUGCGCACUGUGCGCAUCCGGCGCCCCGCGAAGUGCACGCAAAGGGCACACGGGAUGUAGCGGUCAUACAGAUGUUGUUCUCUUCGCUCGACUUACAUUCACCACUUUUAGGCACGACGUGUAAGUAUACAUUACUGGCAUACCAACAUCAGUGUACUGAAUCACAUGAACUUCCAGUGGCUACUGUGAUCUGGUGGUGGUUGGAGGCAACAAUGCUCUCUGUGUGGGUAUGAAUGUCACACUCCAGUGUACACUGAUGGGAGGUGUCCUCUACCUGGGAGACUCCUGAAGGAGCACUCAACUUCAUCCGAGGAAGACAAAAUACAUCUUAUCAGAGGCUCCUACUAUGGCCAGCUCAUGGAAUCAAAUGAUACUCAUCUUAUUUCAACAUUGACAUUCACCUUUACAACUGAGAUUACCAUCAACUGCUCUGAUACAAGUUCAAUUGCUGGAACUACUGUCAUUGUUGAAGGACCACCAAGUGCCCGGAUCGACCACUGACGGCCCUGGACAGGAUCAGGAGACUCAACAAGACAUUCUCCUCAGUGUCUGUGGUGUGGAACAUUCCUGACACCAACAAUGCCCACAUCAGUAGCUACGUGGUGACAGUUGAUCCUCCCAUUCCCCUGCCAGCCAGUGGAGUCAUUGCUGCAGGCAAUCCUCUCUUCCAGUCACGACAACUGACCCUCACACUCCUCCAUGGCCAGCAGUACUACAUCACAGUCACUGCCAGGAGCUGUGGUGAUUCUGUGGAAGGUCCUGCUAGCUCUGCACUCAGAGUUAAUGUACCAGGACCUCCAAAAGUGGUAAGAUGCACAGCCGUCCCUGUCUAUGACUAUUACUCUAAGAACCUGAAAAGAAUCGAAAUAGAUGGAACCAUCGAGGAGGCGGAAGAAAAUGUUACAGUUAACAUUUCAGCAGCUGUUGUGAGCUAUACAAUCAGCACUGUUCCCCUUGGGGUUGAGCCUUCUGAUAUCAAUGCAACAGUAGAGGCCAGUGAUCACAUUAGCUGUACUAGCACAACGUGCAAGUAUUGUGUUAAGAACCUUACUGUGAUGUUGGCACCUUCCUACUCCAUAUACAUCACUGCAAAUGAUUUUCUGUCUGAUGGAUACUACGGUGACAAAAUGGCAUGUACAGACACACCGAUCGGUUUUAAACACAACCUAACACAAAUUGAUGCACAAAGAAUCUUCACAUCUGCUGUGAAUACUUUGUCUCAGCCUCUCGUAAAUCUAGAUAUCUACACAGACAGUGUUGGGAAAUCAGCUAAUGUUACUGUUUUUCUGACCACCACUACUGCACCUGAGGUAGUGCUGACAGUGGCUACUCUCACUGGAGGUGGAAAACAAGAUGUUGUGGUAGAAGGAAGUUUAGAAACAGCCUCACUUUCUACAAGUAUCUACCGCAACGCCCGAGUGUCCUCUACUCCUCAUAGCAGCAGUUCUGCUAUCAUCAGUGUGACCCUGCACUGUGCAUCAUCAACUGCCUCAUUGGAGCAUUGCUCCUCGUGUCCUAUCUCUCGCAUCCUGCUACAGAAGAAACGACACCAACAGACCACACCACAGCACCUCUAUGAUGAGGUCACUCUGCGUUCCACGGUACAUGAAAUCCUGGUUCAGAUCCCAGUGGCAUAG